AUGCUUCUUAGAUUUAUUGUUACCCUCAUGUUUUUAUGCCAAAUUUUUGCCGCUGAAUCGUGGAGAAAACCAGGCUGUCAUAGAAUUGGUCACACAAGAAAUAUAAGCAUCCCAGAUUGCGUAGAAUUUAAAAUAACAACGAAUGCAUGCCGCGGGUAUUGUGAGUCCUGGUCCCUUCCCAGUAUUAUGCUUGGGUUUAAGAGACAUCCCGUAACUUCAUUAGGACAAUGCUGUAACAUAAUGGAAGCUGAAGAUGUACCUGUCAAAGUCCUGUGCUUGGAUGGAGAAAGAAAUUUAAUAUUUAAAUCUGCGGUUUCAUGCGCAUGUUACCAUUGCCAAAAAGAAUGA